UACUAAGAAAUGAUUUAUCUCAUUUUCUUAAUAAUUUAUUAUUUUAUAUCCAUAAAAAGCGAACUUCCAAUUACGACCACCUACAUAUAUAUACACAUACACGUGUAAUCUCAUGGUAAUGUGGAAGAAAAUUAUCUAUCAAUUGACAUAUACAGGAUUAACCUUAAUUUUCAUCUGUAAAACAGUACAGAAUUAUAAUUCAAGUUGUCCACCGAUUACAGUCAAGGAUGGCAUUUUUAACUUAACCGAAAAUAAAUACCAAUGCCAUUAUGGAAAUUAUUACUUAUUUGGAAAUAAAACGUUAAUAUGCCAAGAGGAUGGAAAUUGGAAAGGUGAAGUGCCGUAUUGUGCUAACUCAAUUUAUGCGGAGAUACGGAAAGAUGGUCAUAAUAUAACGAAAAGUUUAAACGAAAAUAAAUGUAUAGCAGCCGGUACGAAUGGACCUUGGGAGAUUAAAUUAUUCGAAAAAUCUUUUUCCGCUAUUACAAUAGUGUUUAAAGCACACACAAGCAAUAUAGGAUGUCCUAUCGUGUUUCUAUUUGUUAACAACAAUAGACAUGAAGAACGACAUAAGACUAGUUGUGAUAGUAUGGUUACACAAUUUACAUACGAAUUUAAAAACGACAUGACAGGAAAUAUUAAAUUUUACCUAAGUCAACAUUCGUGGCACAAAUUUCAAGUAUGUGGAAUCCAUAUUUAUUCAAAGUCAAAAGUAAAAUGUCCCAUUGCACCAAUAAAUCUACCAAAUGGAUAUAUUUCUCCUUCAAAUGUUAACUCGUUAAACUAUGGAGAACACGUGUCAUUUAACUGCAAUGAGGGUUUUCAAUUGAAUGGGCAUCGAUAUCUUUAUUGUGGAGUGACAAAUAUAUCCACUCAAAUACCUCAAUGUCAACGGAUCCAAUGCAAAAAUUCUCCGAUGAAAAUAUUAAAUGGUAUGUGGGAAAAUUGGAAUCAAAGUAAAAAUUACUCGCAUGAGGACGAAAUUCAUCUUAUUUGCAAUCCUGGUUAUAAACUAAAUGCCACAGGAAGUAUUAAAUGUCUUAAGAAUGGAAAUUGGUCGCAUACUCAUUCAGCUUGUCUAGAAUGGAAAUUUCCGCUAUAUUUAGUUUUUACAGUUGUGAUUGCUGUCAUAACUUUGCUAAUUGUAUUGCUGAUCGGAUUGUUCGUCAUAUUUAAAAACAGGAAAAGACGAAGCUCAUCAGAUGAAGACACUAAACCAGAACAUAUAUACAGCGAAAUUAAUGAAAUGUAUGAAGGUGGAGAAAAAGAAGAACCGCCUCCACUUCCAAAACCAAUGACAAAUCGGAAAAUAGAUCGACUUCAAUCAUUGACAUACAUCGAUUAUAAUAAUCAAUUCGAUCAUGGAUCGAUCGAUACAGAACAGAAUGUUAACAGAAAUAUAACAGAAGAUACUACUUUAAGAAUAGAUGAUGAUGCAAAAAAUGUAAAUAAUCAAUUAUAUGGUUCCGAUUAAAAUAAUCUUCUAAAUAGAAGUUUAAAAAUUGUUCAUUAAUUAUUACAUAUGUAAUACAAUGCGGUACAUAAAAAUA